CAUUCUUGCCAUCACAAAUCUCUAGUUUACUUCACUUUGCAAAGGGUCUAAUAAAUGACAGAACAAUGGUGAACCACUCUUGAAAGUUAAAGCAACCUACCCUGUUCUUCCCGCUCUCUUAUCCUACCUUUGAUGCUUCUUUGCUUCAAAACUUCUCCUGCUAUACACAAUUACACAAUAUUCCUUCUCUCCAACAGACUCAGUUCCAUGAUUCCUUUCAUUUUCUACCUGGUGUCUCUCCAUCUUCUCUUCCCUGUCACUAUAGCUGCCAAAUCAUCUGCCUACACACCAAUCGAUUAUAUUCUCCUCAGUUGUGGUGCAUCAUCUGAUACAAUAUCAGCAGAUGGCAGGAAAUGGUUCACUGAUGAAAGGUCCAAAUUUUUUACCUCUAAUCCCGAAAAAGUUUCAUUUGUUUCCGCAGCUUCACGUCAAGAUCAAUCUGUUUCUCAAGUUCCUUACAUGACAGCCAGAGCUUUUCAAGAUAAAUUCACUUAUAGCUUUCCGGUAUUACCUGGCCUCAAAUUCCUCCGUUUCUAUUUCUACCCGGUUCAAUACUCUGGCUUUGAUGGAACCACUUCCUUCUUCUCUGUUACCGCCAACAAUUACGUUCUCUUGAAAAAUUUCAGUGCCUAUUUAACCGUUUCUGCUAUAAUUCCUCCACAAGCCUCGUUGAUCAAAGAAUUUAUGGUUCCAGUCUUGGACAAAGAGAGGCUAAAUAUAACCUUUUCUCCAUCUUCAAACUCUGUCGCCUUUGUAAACGGUAUUGAAGUUGUUUCUAUACCAGACAAUCUUUAUGGAGGUGACAGGGAAAAUUCUUUGCCCUUUGUUAAUACCAAAUUUGCUACCUUUGAUAUUCCUAAUACCACAGCUUUUGAAACUGCUUAUCGUCUAAACGUUGGUGGACAAGAUGUGGCUAACGUAGAAGACACAGGCAUGUUUCGAACAUGGCAUGAUGAUUCCUCCUAUAUCUUUGGUGGUGCAUCAGGUGUUACGCCUCAUCGGUCCAAUGUUACAAUCACAUACACCCAACAAACUCCUGCUUAUACGGCUCCUGCCAUUGUCUACAGUACAUCACGAACUAUGGGUCCUUAUCCGAAAAUCAACAUGAAUUACAAUCUGACAUGGAUUUUUUCUGUUGAUACUGGCUUCAACUACCUCCUUAGGCUUCAUUUUUGCGAGACUCAAUUGGAAGUGACAGAAAAAAGUCAACGCGUGUUUGAUAUAUUCAUCAAUAAUCAAACAGCUGAACUUAAGGUUGACGUGUACGAACAGAGUGGCGGUAAUAGCAAGCCGAUGUACAAAGAUUACGUUGUGUUGAUCCCAAAUGGAUCGGGUCAAAGUAAACAAGAUCUGUGGGUAGCGUUACACCCUAGCGAAGGGGCUGGUUCACAGUUUAAUGAUGCAAUCCUGAACGGUUUAGAGAUUUUUAGACUCAACAAAUCAGACAGUAGUCUUGCAGUGCCAAAUCCUGACCUGCUUUUGAGUCUUACACCAGCAAAACCUGAGCAAAAGAAGUUGAAACUUUCGUCCCCUAAUAAGGCCAUUAUUGGAGGUGCCCUUGGCACCGGAGCUGCAGUAUUAUUUUGUCUUUUAUUUUCCUUCAUUUUCUGGCGACAAAAGCGACUCUGUUCUAUCAAAAGAAAAUCCAUGGAACGCAGAAAAACUUCAUCAUUGCCAGACAAACUAUGCCUGUGUUUUACUCUCGCUGAAAUCCAAGCAGCAACCAGUAACUUUGACGAUUCUUUUGUUAUUGGACGAGGAGGAUUUGGUAAAGUCUACAAGGGUUUCAUCAAGGGAAUAAAACGUGCAGUGGCAAUCAAGCGAUUAAACUCCCAGUCCCAACAAGGAGCACGAGAGUUUUGGACAGAAAUCCAGAUGCUUUCUCAGCUUCGACAUAUUCAUCUCCUGUCUCUCAUCGGAUAUUGCAGCGAUGAUAAUGAAAUGAUUCUUGUCUAUGAUUAUAUGGCCAAUGGAACCCUCCGUGAUCACCUCUAUAACAAAGACAAAAGUCCUCUGUCCUGGAAACAGAGGCUGAAAAUUUGUAUUGGUGCAGCCUAUGGAUUAGAUUACCUUCAUUCAGGGGCAAUUUAUCGAAUCAUUCAUCGAGAUGUGAAGAGCACCAAUAUUUUGUUGGAUGAGAAUUAUGUGGCUAAAGUUUCAGAUUUUGGCUUGUCUAAAAUGAGUCCAAUUAGCAUGACAAAUGUUCCGGUUACAACAAUGGUGAAGGGUACUUUUGGCUACAUGGAUCCUGAGUAUUACAGGCGACAACAGCUAACAGAGAAAUCGGAUGUGUACUCUUUCGGCGUGGUGCUAUUCGAAGUAUUGUGUGCUAGACCAGCUGUGGAUUCUACAUUAGAAUAUUCACAAAUCAGUUUAGCCAAUUGGGGUCGGAAAUGUGUGGAGAAUGAUCGUAUAGGUCAAAUCAUCGAUCCCUUUUUGAAAGAUCAAAUUUCACCUGCCUGUCUAAGAGCAUAUGCUAAGGUUGCAGAAAAUUGUGUCCGUCAAAAUGGGUUAGAAAGGCCCACGAUGAACGAUGUAGCGCAGAGACUUGAAUUUGCUCUGCAGUUGCAAGAAAUUGAGGAAGCAGAACAAACAUGUCAAGCUGGUGAUGGAGAUCAGUCCCAAGUCAAUCAAGACAUCUAGUUUUAAGCACUUUCUUCUCUGUCUUCCAAAAUCUAGCAGCUUUCUUAGAUUGCGUGCAUUUGUAUCGUUAAAAAAUGUGUGCUUUGGUUUUCUUCCUUUGAUGAAUUGUUAAAUUAACAUAUGAGUGAAAUUUUGGAAAUAGGAGUGAAAUUAGUAGAGGAAGCUUUCAUCCCAUCUUGUAAAUAGGAGUGAAACUUUAUUUACAUUUAGUUGUUGCAGUUUAUGAAGAUCCAGGCUUCAUCACUAAAAGUAAAUUGAUCUUAAAUUUUCCAACAACUUAUUUUUUUAAGAAAGGACUUGAAUGUGAUUUUUGACCUCCUUGCUUCUCUUAUAAUAUAUCUACUUUUUUCAAGAUUCAUAAAAACAAAAUGUAAGA